AUGGGGUGUGCACCGGGUGGACCAUGUUGCGGAUCUUGUGGGCCUUGUUGCGGGCCUUGUGGACCCUGCUGUGGACCCUGUGGACCUUGUGGGCCCUGCUGUGGACCCUGCGGACCAUGCUGUGGACCCUGCGGACCAUGCUGUGGGCCUAUGGAAAAGCGAAACGGCCUUCAACGAUGCUGUCCUUUUUAGAGUCUACAAAGAGUGGCGAAAAAGAAGCAGAAAUACGGAUUGGGCUUUAGAUAUUAAAACACCUUGCUAAGAAAUAAAGAAGAUUAAUGAAAACAA